UGGCAACUGUUAUUACGAUUGCUAACUAGCAGAAGACAAUCUGAUUUUGAAAAUUUACUUCCACUUCCUUGAAAGUAGAGAUACAAUUCUAGUCCGUUCUGAAAGUGGUGCCCUGCAUAAAGAGACGAGAAUGCAUGGAAGACUUAAAGUACGUACAACUGCCGAACAGCAAGAAAUUAAAGCCAAAGAAAGAGCCAAAAAGCUUGCCGUAUACAAAGCAGCAAUGGAUCGAAUUUUUUGCAAGAGAAAGUCAGGGGAACUAGAUGAUGAAAUUCUUAAGAUAACUGGCCAGGUUUUGACAGAAAACCCAGACAUCUCCACACUUUGGAACAUAAGGAAAGAAACAAUUUUGAAAAUCAAGGAUACAAUGCCAGACCUUGUUGACAACUAUGUUUCGAAAGAGCUAUUAUUAACUGAACAGUGUAUUAGAGUGAAUCCAAAGUCCUACAACUCUUGGUUCCAUAGAAAUUGGGUUCUUGAUAAAGGCUCAAAAGUUGAUUUCCAAGCUGAACUUGCACUAUGUGACAAAUGCCUGGAGCUAGAUGAAAGGAAUUUUCACUGCUGGGAUUACAGACGAAUAAUUGUGCAGAUGUCAAAAACACCAUUGGAAAGUGAGCUUCAGUUUUCUACUGAGAAAAUAACAACAAAUUUUUCAAAUUAUUCUUCUUGGCAUUAUCGAAGUGAGUUGCUCCCGCGAAUUUAUCCGAGUUCAAAUAGCGAGACGUUGUUGGAUGAUCAGAGGCUGGCUGAAGAAUGCAACCUCAUUCAAAAUGCAAUUUUCACGGAUCCAAACGACCAAAGCGCAUGGUUUUAUCAACGUUGGCUUCUUUUCAGUAAAAAAGAGGGCAGUACCACUGAAAACUCUAGCUUCUUGUCCGUUUUGAACAAUGAGUUGGAAUCAUGUCAGCAACUACGCGACUUGGAACCUAACAAUAAAUGGGUAAUCCUACAGGUUUGUGAGCUGCUGCGCCGCAUAAACAGCGUGGAAAACGAAAAAGAGAUUCUACAACUUGUGAGCCAGUUGACUAAAGUCGAUCCGUUGCGUCGGGGAUAUUAUGCUUAUUUUGGCUCGAAAAUUGCAGAAGAGAAUCAAAGGAAAACCAUUCCGGAAUCGUGAGUACUUAUUUUUAAUCACAUCAUCUAAUUUACACGUGAACCACGAUCCCCUAAGUUGUAUCGGGGGACUUGAAAUGUUGAGCUCCUGCCAUCAAUAUGCGUUGGUUGACUUUAAAAAAAUACAGUGGCGGAAAUCGUGGGUGAACCGAAAA